UAGUUAAAUGCCACGUAUUAUUCAUUUGCAAUCUAUGUAUGUAGAAUGUCUCGAACACUUUUCUCUUCAUCGUGACAUUGGUUCAUGAUCAAAAUAAUAAUUAUCAUAGAAUUUACGAUCAUUCUAAUAUAUUGAUGCAUAUAUAAAUACAAUGACUUCUACGAAACAGUUCAAACUCCUGUUUUGUGCUCUCGGCAUUUUUGUAUGUUAUUUUCAUUUUGGUAUGUUACAAGAAAAGAUCACACGAGGACAAUAUGGAGAUGAAAAAAAUAGUGAAAAAUUUACGUAUAUGUUUUCUUUAGUUUUCUUCCAAUGUUUAAUUAAUUAUUUAUUUGCCAAGACAAGUUUAUUAACAAUCAUGAAACAGGAUGAAGAUACUACUCCGAAAACUUAUUAUGCGCUUUCUGCCUUAACUUAUUUGCUUGCUAUGGUAUGUAGUAAUAUGGCAUUGCAAUUUGUUAGUUAUCCAACACAAGUUAUUGGAAAAGCUGGCAAACCGAUUCCUGUAAUGAUACUUGGUGUAUUAUUGGGAAAUAAGGUUUAUCCAGUGAGAAAAUAUUUAUUUGUCUUCUUGGUAGUCAUCGGAGUAGCUUUAUUUAUGUAUAAAGAUGUCAAUCCAUUAAAAAAGCAUUCAGAGGGACAAACAGUCAUUGGAGAAUUAUUGUUAUUACUUUCAUUAACAAUGGAUGGUUUAACUAGUGCUGUACAAGAAAGAAUGAAAUCUGAACAUAAUUCUAAAUCUGGCCAUAUGAUGUUGAAUAUGAAUGGAUGGUCUGUGAUCUUUAGUGGCAUCGUCAUUAUAGCUUCAAGAGAACUUUUGGAAUUUAUUCAAUUCUUACAUAAAUAUCCUUCUACUAUAUGGCAUAUAGCUACUUUUUCUAUAGCAGGAGCAUUUGGACAAUAUUUUAUAUUUCUUACUGUUGCAGAAUUUGGUCCAUUACCAUGUUCCAUUAUAACUACAACUAGAAAAUUCUUUACAGUUUUAGGCUCAAUACUUAUUUUUGGAAAUAGCUUGACUUCUAAACAAUGGAUGGGUACAUUAAUAGUAUUUUCAGGAUUAUUCUUAGAUUCUAUGUAUGGUAAAGAUAAAUCUCCCAAAAAAGAUACAACGAAGUAGCAAAUGAAUGCAAGCAUAUUAAUUAAAAGAUUCUAAUUUAUCAAAUGAUCUUAUAUCAUAAUGUUUGUAUAUAUACUGUAUGUUGCAUUAUGUUGAAUUAUAUUUUACGAAUAUUAUAAAAA